UUAAUUUGAUCAAAUUAACGCCCAGUUAAGCAAUGCAAACACCCAAGAGGUUUGUUGGCUCUGCUGGGAACUGAGAAAAAGUUAAUGAAGGGUUUAUUCCAAAUGGGAGAAAGUAGAUGGAUGGGGAAGACGAUGGCCAUCUCCACAAUAUCUCUUCUACUCAUCUCCUUUGCAGCUUCUCAAUCUCAGGGCCGGUUGGUUUCUUGGAUUUUUAUGCUUGCUGUGAUUUCACUUUGUAGAAAAUGCUGAACAGAGAAGCCAAUUAUCUCGACCAUCAUGUUGAUUCACUUUACCAGGGAGUCAUGUAAUGUUUACCAAAGCUUAUAGUUAGAUAGGAAUACAGAUUUUGAGGUGUGGAAUUUAAGCUGCUACCCAAAAAUUAAAUUUUGUGCUAUUAUAUAUAGUAAAAGGUCUGCACACUGUAAGCUUCCUUCUACUUUUUCGUUCAUCUUCAUUGUCAUCUUUGUGUGCUUAUCAUUCUUGCUUUAUCAAGUGUGUUAGUUGACGUAAUCGGGUAAUAAGUUCAUGUCUUGACAAGUUAUUUCACAUUUCAGCAGCUUAAUUAGAAUGUAUGAUUCAUUGAGCAACUUCAUAUUAUAUCAAUUGAGUUCGCGGUCAAGUCAUGUUAAGUUGCAAAUGAUAGAACCAUGAAGGAUGUCAACAGUGGUACUUCAAGAAAUCUUAAAGAAGGACGCCAAGAAGUUCAUUGCUCAAGAGAGAGGAGUCGAGCAGCCUGGAAGAUCAUAGAGGAGGUAUUAAGAAGUGCAAAGCAUAUUGGCUCGUCCCACAAAAAAAAAAGUCAUCUUCCAUUUUUGGGUACUCGGACGGGGGCGAUUAUUGAGCGUGGCACUGAGAGCCAUGGGUUAUACUACGUGGAUGACUUAGCUCAACCGGGCAGAGUAUUGUUGACUCAAGGAACUUCAGAACGGGAAACAAUGUUAUGGCAUAGGCGGUUCGGGCAUUCAUCUCCGGGUUAUUUGAAAGUUUUAUUUCCUAGUCUUAUUUCGACUUCGACAUUUAAUUGCGAGACUUGUGUUUUGGCUAAGAGUCACAGAUAAUCUUUUCAUUCUACUGAUACUAGAGUUGAAUCUAUGUUCUCAUUAA